AUGAGCCGCAGGGGCUCGCGCUCGAGGUCGGAUUCGCGACGUCGCGGAUCGCCGUCGUCACGCAAGUCCAGCCGACGCAAGGAACGCGAUUCACGCAGGUCGCGCGACCGCUCAUUCGAACGCAGCUCGCACUGGAAGGAGCGAGUUAGCCGACGCGGCAUCCUUGCCUCCUCGGAGAAGAGCGCAAGCUCGCGGAAGGCCAGAGAGGAGCAGCGGUUCCUCGAAGUCGGCGACGACAGCCAUGUUUUCUCAACGCUGGACCUCAUGUUCGUGGUCGGCAAGCACCUGCUGAAGCUCCGGGACAACGAGGAGCUGCCGCUGAAUGUGUACGAGCUCAGGAGAAGGAUGAGCGACUACUUCGAGGGGCCGCACAGGCUCAGAUUUAGCACGGUGUGCAGCAUCAACGUGCUGUCGAACCUCCUGAAGUAUAUGCACCUGGGUACGGUCACCGAGCAGGAACAGCCCGCCGCCAAGGUACCGCCCGAGAGCCAGGGUGAAACGCCCAGGUCGCAUGACCAUGGAUCCAGGACGGAAUCCGCGCACACGGCUGAGGACAGCGCCCUCUCGAAUGCGGAUGGCGUCAGCGUGGCAGAAUCGCACGCGACGAAUGACGUGGCGGGUGUUGAAGGGGUGCCAGAUGCCAAUGGAGAUGCGGAUAAGGAAGACACAGUUGACAACAAGGUGGAGCCUGACAAUGAUGGUAACACCGGGAAUGGCGAGGGGGUUGCCGGUGAAGACAAGGCUGCUGAGCAGCCAUCGCCGUUAGAGGUUUACCUGGACGGGCUGCCGGAAGUGUCCGACCAGUCGUUCAGGGACGUCAAGUUCCACCACUCGCUUGUACAGCUCGAGCUGCAACACGGGGUAUUGCGCGUGAUGGAUGUGAGAGGACAGCUGCUGAAGCGCAUUCUGCUGCGCAAUCGCAAGAAGCAGCGGGUUGUGGACGUCGCAGACGCCCUCGCCACGGAGUCCAUAAUCACCACGGGCAGGGACCAUCCGAGCAGAGAGGACCUCGACACUUCGCGCUCAGCGACGGUUGACGACUAUGACCUGACCAACCUGACUGGGCGUGUGUAUCCGAUAAAGGGGGGCUCGAAGAAGGCAGCGGACGAUGCAGACGAAAUGAACGUAGAUGACAACAUCGCUGUGUCAUGGCAAACUUCAACAGAUACAGAAACGAGGGGACUGCAAUCCGGCAAGGGCCGUGGCGGCAGCGAUAAAGACGGUGAGGACACCAGCAAGGAGCUGGGCCGUGACGUGCGUAGAACGGAGGGGAUGCGUGAAUCGGGUAGGGGAACUUCGUUGUCUGCACGCUCAGACGACCCGCCGUAUGACCUGGACGGGCUGUACAAGGUGCUCUACCAGACGCCCGCACGCGAACUGAAGCGCAUUGCGCACUUCCAGUUGAAGGAGCAGAGUGGCUUCAGAGAAAUAUGCACGUACGGCACACGGGCGGACUGCCGUAUGCAGAACUACAUGUCGCUCAUGUGCAACAAGAUCCAUUUCAAGCGCAUCAUCCUCCCGAACACGCUGGUGCAGCUGGGGGACUGCUCUUACCUGGACACGUGCCGGCACAUUGAGACCUGCCGGUUCGUGCACUACCAGGUGGAAAGCGACAUACCGCCACGUGCGCCGGUGGACGAGGUCUCGCAAGGCCAGUGGAUAUGCUGCGACGUGAGGAAGCUCGACUUCUCGAUAUUCAACCCCUUCGUGUCGGUGGUCAUGGCAGACCCGCCAUGGGACAUCCACAUGGACCUCCCGUACGGCACCAUGAAGGACUCGGAGAUGCGACACCUGAAGGUGCAGAACAUCCAAAGCGAAGGGCUGCUGUUCCUCUGGGUCACCGGACGCACGCUGGAGGUCGGCCGCGAGUGCAUGGAGAUUUGGGGAUAUAGGCAGAUGGACGAGAUCGUGUGGGUCAAGACGAACCAGCUGCAACGCAUCAUCCGCACUGGACGGACGGGGCACUGGAUCAACCACUCCAAGGAGCACUGCCUCAUCGGGAUAAAGGGCAACCCCGUGAUAAACCGCUACCUGGACUGCGACGUCGUGGUGUCCGAAGUACGCGAGACCUCACGGAAGCCCGACGAGAUUUACGGGAUCAUCGAGCGCAUGGUGCCUGGGGCACUCAAGUUGGAGAUCUUCGGCAGGAGCCACAACGUGCGCAACAACUGGAUCACCCUCGGCAACCAGCUUGACGGAUACAAGCUGACGCACCCCGAGAUAAAGAAGCGGUACGAGGAAAUAUUGGCCAAGGGCGACGCGACCGCCGCCGCGCCGGCGAAUGCGCCCCAGCCGGCCGCCGAUGCCGCCAACACUAGCAACCCCGAAACAGUAAUGUAG